AUGUAUACGCAGAUCCUGAAAGAGAUCCUAUUAACCAUCGACUUCGAAGACAAACAUGUCAAAGAAUUUAUUACAUAUUGUCGUGAAGUAUUUGUCGAAAAUGAGUAUGAAUUACAAAAUAUUGAAAAAUUGGAACGUGACUAUCAUGAUCAUAUACCUAUUUGGUGGUAUACUUAUCAAUAUUUUUUAUAUUCCAUGCUCAAUCAAGCAUUAAGAUUAAUGGAUGUUGAUAUUAUUGUUCGAAUGGGUUUCUUUAUUAAGCACCUUCAUCGUGAUAUUCAACGACUCCAUUCUGAACAAUUUGGUGGUGAACAAUCUGAUAAAACAUUUACAGUUUAUCGUGGACAAUAUCUUUCAAAAGAAGAUUUUACCGAAAUGACCAAUACUAAAGGAGGACUUCUUUCAUUUAAUAACUUUUUAUCAACCAGUAAAGAUCGUGACGUUUCUCUCUUAUUUGCGCCACAAACUGUUACAAAUUCUGACCUAGUUGGAGUUCUACUUGUUAUGUCCAUUAAUCCUACACAUUCAACAACUCCAUUUGCUUGUGUUACAGAUGUUAGUCAUUUUCAUAUGGAAGAUGAAGUUCUCUUCUCUAUGCAUACCAUUUUUCGUAUUGGAGAUAUUCAGUCAAUGGAUGGGAAUAAUCAUCUCUAUCAGGUGGAUUUAACACUGACUAAUGACAGUGAUCAAGACCUCCGAACUCUUACUGAUCAGAUCCGGCAGGAGACCUUUCCGGAUGAAGAAGGAUGGUACAGAUUGGGAUUAUUACUGAUUAACAUAGGUCAAUUUAUCAAAGCUCGGGAAAUUUGUGAAUUUUUACUUCAUCAAGCAACAAAUGAGAAUGAUAAAGCAAAACUUUAUCAUCAACUAGGCCGAAUCAAACGUAAUCAAGGAGAAUAUCAAGAAGCACUUUCCUAUUAUGAAAAAGCUCGUGCAAUUCGACAGCAAUCACUUAAUUCCAAUCAUCCUGAUUUGGCUAUGUCCUAUAACAGCAUCAGUUUGGUGUAUAAUAGCAUUGGCGAUUAUCCAAAAGCACUUAUAUCUCUCGAAAAAGCUCUUGCAAUUCAACAACAAUCACUUCCUUCGAAUCAUCCUCAUUUAGGUAUGUCCUAUAAUAACAUCGGUAAUCUGUAUUACAACAUGGGUGAUUAUCCGAUAGCACUUCAAUCUCUCGAAAAAGCUCUUGCAAUUCAACAACAAUCACUUCCUUUUAACCAUCCUGAUUUGGGUGUUUCCUAUAACAACAUCGGUUUAGUAUAUAAAAACAUGGGUGAUUAUCCAAGAGCACUUUCAUAUUAUGAGAAAGAUCUUGCAAUUGGACAACAAUCACUUGCUUCCAAUCAUCCUGAUUUAGCUGUGUCCUAUAAUGACAUCGGUUUGGUAUAUUACAGCAUGCGUGAUUAUCCAAAAGCACUUUUAUCUCAUGAAAAAGCCCUUGCAAUUCGACAACAAUCACUUACUUCCAACCACCCUGAUUUGGGUGAUUCCUAUAACAACAUCGGUUUGGUGUACGAGAAAAUAGACGACUAUUUAAAAGCUCAAUCAUUUUACGAAAGUGCUGUACAAACUGGACAACAAUCAUUACUAACAAAUCAUCCUAAUCUUCAACAAUGGAGAAAAAACUUCGAAAACAUAAAAAAGAAAUUAUAA